CUCCGGAGAAACCGUUCCACACUGUUCUCCCUCCAGAGUCCAGACUACAGUUUGGUAACUUUUUCUUUUUGGGUGAAAUUAAAAAUAAGCUUCUUGUCUUAUUAGAAAAAUAAAACUAACCAGUCUUUAAAAAGAGCUUUUUCUGCCUCUACAUCUUCCUCUUCUUCUUCUCUUAUGUACUCUGCUCUCUUCAAAACCUUUAGUACAAAAUGCAAAAAACCUGAAUCUCCAAAGCUAAAGCUAACGAGACUGUAACGCUUUUCUUUUGUUUCUUUUUUCUUGGCAAUCAGAUUUUAAGUUUGAAAAGUUUCAAUCUUUGUUGAUGAUGGCUCCUCCUCCAAUGACUAAUUGGUUAACGUUUUCUCGGUCACCAAUGGAGUUGUUGAAAUCACCUGAGCAUUCUCACUUCCCUUCUUCUUUCGACGCUUCUUCAACCCCUUUUCUCCUCGAUAACUUCUAUGAAGAAGCUGAGAUAGAAGCUGCUGCAACAAUGGCGGAUUCAACAACCUUAUCCACUUAUUUCGAUUCACAAAUCCAUUCUCAGACUCAGAUUCCAAAGCUCGAAGAUUUUCUCGGUGAUUCCUUCGUCCGUUACUCCGAUAACCAAACCGAGACACAAGACUCUUCUUCUUCUCUCACUCGAUUCUACGAUCUAAGUCACCACACCGUUACCGGAGGAGUUACAGGCUUCUUCUCCGACCAUCACGAUUUCAAGGCCGUAAACUCCGGCUCAGAGAUCGUCGAUGACUCAGCCUCCAACAUCGUUGGGACUCAUCUCUCUGGUCACGCCGUGGUGAAGUCAUCAUCAACUACGGCGGAGCUAGGGUUUAACGGUGGUGCAACCACUGGAGAAGCUUUGUCUCUAGCGGUUAACAACACAUCAGAUCAACCUUUAAGCUGCGACAAUGGCGAAAGAAGAGAAAACAGCAAGAAGAUGAAGACAACAGUUUCUAAGAAGGAAACAUCGGAUGAUUCGAAGAAGAAGGUUGUCGAACCAUUAGGACAAAGAACUUCGAUUUAUCGAGGAGUCACCCGACAUAGAUGGACUGGGAGAUACGAAGCGCAUCUAUGGGAUAACAGCUGUAGGAGGGAAGGUCAAGCAAGAAAAGGACGUCAAGUAUACUUAGGUGGAUAUGACAAGGAAGAUAAAGCAGCUAGAGCCUAUGACUUAGCAGCUUUAAAAUACUGGGGUCAUACUGCUACUACAAAUUUCCCGGCCGCAAGUUAUUCGAAAGAAGUUGAGGAUAUGAAUCACAUGACCAAGCAAGAGUUCAUUGCAUCUCUUAGGAGGAAAAGUAGCGGUUUCUCGAGAGGAGCUUCUGUAUAUAGAGGUGUCACAAGGCAUCAUCAACAAGGUCGUUGGCAAGCACGAAUUGGCCGUGUCGCUGGAAACAAAGAUCUUUACCUCGGAACCUUUGCAACCGAAGAGGAAGCAGCAGAGGCUUAUGACAUUGCAGCCAUAAAGUUCAGAGGAAUCAACGCAGUAACUAACUUUGAGAUGAACCGCUAUGACGUUGAAGCAGUCAUGAAAAGUUCUUUCCCCGUAGGAAACUCUGCGAAACGCCACAAACUCGCUGUUGAAUCUCCUCCUUCAUCUGACCAUAACCUCCAACAACCUUUGCUUCCGUCCUCUUCUUCCUCGGAUGUGAACCCUAACUCAAUCCCAUGUGGCAUUCCAUUCGAGUCAUCAGUUCUCUAUCACCACCAGAACUUCUUUCAGCAUUAUCCUCUGGCUUCUGACUCCACAGUCCAAGCUCCUAUGAACCCAGCUGAGUUUUUCUUGUGGACUAACCCGUCUUACUGAAUCAGAUGGUUCGUUCUUGCUUAGAAAUUUUAUUCACCGCAGCUAAGCGAGGACCAGAGGCUUAUCUUCUUGACUCUGGCUACAAAGAUCAAGUACCUUUUUAACUGUAGGCUAAGACAGAAGUAGAGAAAGCAAAGUUGAAGAAGCUGAAACUUUUUGGCGGUCGAUUUUGUUGUAAUGUUCUUUUUUUAGGGGCGGAUGAUCAGUUUUAUUACUUAUUUUUUGUAUGUAAUCGGCCUUAUCAGUGUAACUCUGUUUCCAACUCUUUAAAACUGAGUUAACAAAAA